AUAUCAUGAGAAGCACUUCCUGCAGCUGUCGAAGCCAUCAUCAGACCCAGGCUUUCACCCAACUUGGCAGAGGGGUCCGAGAGGAAGUCUGAGAAAGCUACAAAGAUGCCUUAGCUCACCCUGACCCAGUUCUGGAUGCAUCUGGCACAGGCGGCUCUCCAGAUGGCUGGACGGAAACUUGCUCUAAAAGCCAUUGACUGGGUAGCUUUUGGGGAGAUCAUACCCCCCAACCAGAAGGCUGUUGCUAACUCCCUGAAAUCCUGGAAUGAGAUCCUCACCUCCAGGUUGGCCGCUCUGCCUGAGAAGCCACCUGCCAUCGACUGGGCUUACUACAAGGCCAGUGUGGCAAAGGCUGGCUUGGUGGAUGACUUUGAGAAGAAGUUUAAUGCCCUGAAGGUUCCUGUGCCGGAGGAUAAAUAUACUGCCCAGGUGGAUGCUGAAGAAGAAAAAGAUGUGAAAAUUUGUGCUGAGUUUUUGUCUCUCUCUAAGACCAGGAUUGAGGAAUACAAGAAAGAGCUGGAGAAGAUGAAGAACAUCAUUCCAUUUGACCAGAUGACCAUUGAGGACUUGAAUGAAGUCUUCCCAGACACCAAAUUAGAUAAGAAGAAGUAUCCCUACUGGCCUCACCAGCCAAUUGAGCAAUUAUAAACUGGAGUCUGGGAGAAAGCUCUGACCCUUGAAUUAUAAACUCUGGACAUUAAAAACAAUUAUAUAGUG